AGUGGCGUUUUCAAACAACAAUCCUCACACAACACUGUUCUCUAUUUCUCUAUUGCUUUUCCUCGUCUCUCGUCUGUUUCUCCCUCUCUGUUCUCCACCAUAGUACUUCUUGGACAAAUCUCUGUCAGUUCAAAAUCAUUUGCUUGGGAUUUGAAAUUUCUACCAGUUUUCCUAUUUAUUAUGCCGAUAAAUAAGUGAAAACAAUAAAACAUAAGAUUACAAUGGCCAAUGCAUUCAAGCUGUUCCCCACAAGAGACACAAAUUACCUUGAAGCAACAUAUGUGCACCAUGAUCUUAAUGUUGUCUGGUUAAAGCUCUCUUUUCGAGUUCCCCUCGAAACACUUUUUCUGGAGUAUCGUCAACAAGGCGGACACACUCUGAUCUUAUCUCGUCAGGUUUAUGAGAACAUACUUGUGCGGGAUACCGACUUCAUGUCCGUGUUUUGCAAUGAUUUGCAAGCCAUUUUGGAAGAUUCUCCAGCAAUCGAGAGAUUUUUUGUGGAAUUGAGCCCUUAUUAUUGGGGCAAGGAAGAUUUCGAUAAAAGAAUGUCAGCGUGGUCUCAAUCAGUUCAGUUGUACGAUUGGCUUGUAACGUUUUUGGACGACCGGCAGGAAGAACUUAAACUUAAACUAGUUUCGUUAUGUGAAUUCACCAGUCUUCAAAUUCUCUCGAUUAUUCGACUCAUCAGUUCAAACUAUCUGGAAACUAUCAAAUUGACCUUCCGAAAGAAUGAUGAACAGCUAGAAAGCAAUUUUCAAGAAAUUCUUAAGACGAAACAAUGGAAUAAUGCAAAAGCUGCAUACGUUAAAGGAUGCUGCACACCAAUUGCAAGCAUUUUACAUUUUCAAAAAGCAACCGUUCAACUAGAUAUAUUAUCUAUCGAUGACUUGCGUGUCCUCAAAGAGCUGGCCACUAAAGGAACACUCAACAUUUUCAAAAUUCGGUUUCAUAGCAUCGCCGAUUCAAUAACUGACAACAGCCUGAUCGAACUUUUUGGAGAAUCAAAACAUUCUUUUUUAUGGGAAUGGAGCAUCAAUGGAAUUGAUAACCGCGAAAUUGAAUGCAUAUAUUCGAAAACCUAUAAGGAGUUUUCCAUAUUCUACUCAGAAGAAUAUCAAAAACUAGGCCAUGGGGUGCCGGAAAACAAUAAGUCAGAAGAAACCACGCUUUGCACAUCAGAACAUUCCUCAAAAGUUUUGCAGAAUGCAUUGCUCAUGAAAAAUAUUCUAAACCACCUAGAACGAAAAGACAUCUGCCGACUUCAAAGAACCUCGCGCAAAAUUCACGAAUCUAUUGCCAAUCUGAAGCCUGACUCCAAAAUAGUUGCACUUGAAAUCUCUUUGGUCAAAAUUGAGUGCGUAACUGUCAAUGUAUUCCACAAGAUGGGCGUGAAAAAAUUGAUAUAUGAAAAUGUUGGUCUGAGCAAUGUAGAUCCCACUGCAAAAUUGAUCACGGCAAUGGAAAGACAUAAUCAAGGCGUAUUCGGAGAAGAAAUAUGCUUUGCACAUGGUAGAUGGCAACUGGGUUUCAGCCUCUCAGCAUUUGCAGUUGAUUUGAUUCGGAAUUUAAAAGAUCAAAAAUCUGAAAUUCAAGAACUUUGGUUGGAUUUUUCUUUAACACAAGCACGAUUACGAGAACGACCCGAUAAAGAACAUAUAAAGAUACUUGUACUGGCAACUAGACAAUUACUAGACGUUAUUUCGAGCGCUGGAAAAACUUUGGAUCGCCAAAUCCCAGUUAAAAAGUUGAGUAUUCAAGCAUUGGGUCAUAAACCCUUGUUGCAAAUAUUACCGUUGUUAAACCCCGUCACCCUGAAAACUAUCGAAAUUCAAAAAUCGGAAGUCAUUAUGGCCAAGAAACCACUCAAUUUAAAUAAAGUUGUUCAACUAGACCAAUGGAAAAACGCAGAAGAAGUUUUGAUAAAAUCGAUUACUGCUCCAGGCCAAAUUCAACAUUUUUUACACUUUGUGGUAGCAGAGGUGAAUUUAGAGUCGAUUUCAAUGGGAGAUGUUCUUGAAUUAAAGAAUGUAUUCCAACAGAACUCGAACAAGCUCAAAAAGUUUAAAGCUUUCUUCGAAAACAGUGAUAUUGAUGAGAGAAUCUAUGACGACCAAUUUCUUGGAUUUCCUUAUAAACGACCUGAAAAUCCAUCGACAAAUCUACCGAGUGUUUGGUUUGUAAGAAUACCGACAUCUACUGUUCUUCACAUUUUAUAUUAUAAAAAUCGGAAAAUGAUUUCCUUCUCCCGUGUAUCAAAUUCAUCCGUACCCAGUGACGCUUUGAUGUGAACUAUUUAUUAUUAAUGAAUUGAAUAAACAAAGAAUCAGCUAUAAAAUGUUUUUUUAAAUA